AUGGCCAAGAAGAAGCGCCAGAGGAUCAGCUAUGUCCUACCGUUGGCAAGUUCGCCAGGAGGUCAUAGACUUGGUGUCAAUGGAUUAGCCUUUGAUGACGACCGUUCCAUCUUAUACACUGGUGGACGAGAUGGAGUGGUGUGCGCCUGGGAUUUGGACCUGGAGGCGCAAAAGUUGAGUCCCGACGGAACAAAAGAGAAGAAAAACACUGUCACCUUUCGCAAACAGGUGCAGGCACAUACACACUGGGUCAACGAUAUUGUUUUGGUCAAGAACAACCUGGGCUUGGUCUCUGCCUCGUCGGAUGUCACAGUCAAAUUAUGGCGACCUCACGGACACGAAACGACACAACCAUAUACCAUCGGCUCUCAUAGCGACUACAUCAAAUGUCUCGCCACCCCUGAUCCAAUAUCGAAUUGGGUUGCUUCUGGAGGAUUGGACCACAAAAUUUGCCUUUGGGAUCUGAAUGGAGGCGGAAAGUCUCUGGAAAUAAAUGUCAGAAAGGCGGAGAAUGUUGUCAAGGGCUCGGUAUAUGCCCUUCGUGCUCGAGGGUCUCUGCUAGCCAGUGGAGGACCCGAGAAUGUGGUACGACUGUGGGAUGUCAAAUCCGGCAAAGGCAUAACCAAACUCGUGGGCCACACGGACAACGUGCGAGACAUCUUGAUCAGUGAUGAUGGCGACACCUUGCUCACGGCCUCGUCUGAUCAAACUAUCAAAGUCUGGUCCAUUGCAGCCGGUAGGUGUGUCCAUACCUUGACCAUGCACAACGACAGCGUUUGGUGCAUGUAUUCCAAUGAUCCAAAUUUGGCCGUCUUCUACUCGGGCGACAAAUCCGGUUUGGUUGCGAAGACGGAUACUCGACGUGCUAUGGAAAUUGAUGACGGAGUUUCUGUUGCAGUAUGUCAAGAGCAUGAUGGGAUUGCCCGGGUCCUCCCAGCAGGUGAUUCGAUAUGGACUGCAACCUCAAACUCGAGUGUCAAUCGUUGGCUUGAUGUUGACACAGAGCUUGAGAUAGAAACACCUCCUUCCUCUCCACAACAAGAGCGUGCAGCGAGUCCGGAGGCCAGGAACACACUUAUGCCUGAGACGGCAGCUUCCCCUCCACCUACAGUCAAUGGUGCAAACCAUAAAAAGAAGAUCCCGCAUAAUGCAGUUUUGCGCGUUUCGAACACAACUUUGCACCCAGGGAGAAGAAAUCUGGGCCGGUUGCCAAAUGCAUCGUCGACGAAUGUGAGGAAGGCCUCGGAAGUUAUAAUUACGGAUGACUUAAGUUUAAUUGUCCCCAUUCGAGGUCAGCCCGCCGAAACCAUUGAGGGUCAGAAUGGCUUUAUCAAGCAUGUCAUGUUGAAUGACAGGAAAAGAAUCCUCACCUUGGACACCGCUGGCGAGGUUGUACUAUGGGAUCUUCUCAAGGCGAGUCCCCUUAUCAAGUCUUUUGGCCGCCGUCAUCUCGACGAAGUCGUCCCGGAAGUGAACACCACCGAGAGUGUUGCGAACUGGUGUACCGUGGAUACCAAAACCGGAAAAAUCACAGUCAUGCUUGAGGAAAAUUACUGUUUUGAUGCCGAGGUAUACGCCGACGAAUUGGACUUGUCCAGUGAACUCGUUUUCCGCGAGGAUCAGAGAAUCAAUCUCGGCAAAUGGGUGUUACGACAUCUGUUUUCUAAGUUGAUUGACGAAGAGAUUGCGCGCGACGAGGUUUACAGAAGCAAACUUCAAACUCCUCAGACUACGAGUACCGAUCAUGUUCGGCCUGGUGCACCUACAAGUAUCCCCAUGCCAGAAUCGGUUGGACCGACUCCAGUCGCAUCCUCUGGCACCCUCACGACAGCAAGAGCAUCAAAUGGUCAUGCCUGGGCACCCCCAACACCCAGCUUAGCGAUUGGGGCUGCCACUCCGGGCUUUGCACCUAUGAAUGCCACCUUGCCCCCCACAGCUGAGGAAGAAACUGAGGAAACAGGUGGUGCAUCUCCAGCAGUCCAGGCAACUCCGACAGCGACAGAACCGCAAACGGAUUAUUUCUCUUCCACCAACAGUGCAAACAAUCAAUCCGAGGCCUCGUCCGAAAGCAACAAGAUCCCGGAAACCCCAGGCCCUACAGAAAAUACUGCCACACUCUCGAUACCGACGUCACCUACGGAGGAGAAGAAGAAGGGCUUGUUUGGGAAGAAAUUCCCAAUGACAUUUCCCAAGAAGCUCGGCACCAAGACACCCUCGGAAGUGAAAGCGCCGGUUGCCACUGAAGAAAAAUCAGACACGGCGUCGUACAAGUCCUCGGAGAAAGAGGAAAAGAUCAUCGAGGAUAAUUUCUUCGGCGUGAUCCAGAAGAUCAGACAGGAGUAUGAUGAACAUCUGGAAUCAAGGCCCGAUCAACCCCUCCCUGCGGGCAUCACACCCAGUCUACCUAUAGAAACGCCUCUGAUGGUACCCCCGCCGCACACAACCAUUAUCAUCCAGGAGGAUAACCCCGAAUCGGGCGGGUUAGCAGAUCAAUAUCGUGGGGAGAUCAGUGAAUUAGGCAAUGAGGCAGACACAUUGGAGAAGAUCGCGCCGAUGUGGCUGGGCGAGUUGUUGCUCAAGAAUCAAAUCCCGUACAAAGAAACCGUCAAAGUCUCCUUCGUGCUCUACCCGUAUGAGAAUCUUCUCCCCUCCAUCGCCUCACCAGACGGAAAUGCCCGACUGAACGCAAACCGCAUGCUUCGCGCGAAGAAAAUCAUGGCCUACGUCGCCGAACGUAUUGAGGCGCCUCCCACACCCCCGCCACCAGCGGACCCAAACCAGCCUGACACCGCUGAAAAGGAUAAGGGAUCAGACACUCAAGCACACCACCUCAAGCCCGAAGAGUACCUCGAGCUGUAUUGCCAAGGUCAGCGAGUUGACCCGAACACAACGCUCGCGACGCUGCGGGUGCAUGUCUGGCGGACGGGCGGGGAUGUCGUGUUGUAUUAUAAGGCGAAUGGGAGGAAGACGCUACGGUUGCCGCACCCGGCUGACGUCCCGAGUAAGGAGGAAAGUGAGGAGUCGACGGGCGUUGUAAGGUGA